UAUUAGAACCCUUAACCUUGUGUACUAGUUCCUAUAGCCUGUUUAAGACGUAAACUAGGAAGGGAACCAAGGUGUAGUGCAAUAUUGGAACCCCUCUCGUUGUGUCCUUGUUCCUAUGCCUGUUUAAGAUGCGAGGAGGCAACAGACUCGAGAUUUACUUCAAGAUUACAACCUCUGAUGCUGUGUUUUUUGUUCCUAAGCCUAUUCAAGAUGCAAGGAGGGAAGAGUUUCAAAGUGUAGUGCAAGAUCACAACCUCUGAUGCUUUUUCCUCGUUCCUACCGCGAGAGAAAAGACGAAAGAUUUAGUGCAAGAUACAAAUUCCGAUGCUGUGUUCUUGUUCCUAUAUGCCUGUUUAAGAUGCAAGGAGGGAAGAACAUCAAGGUUAAGUGCAAGAUUACAACUUCUGAUGCUGUUUUCUCGUUUUUAUAGCCUGUUUAAGAUGCAAGGAGGGAAGAACAUCAAAGUUUAGUGCAAGAUUACAACCUCUGAUGCUGUUCCUUCGUUUCUAAGUCUCUUUAAGAUGCAAGGAAGGAACAGACUCAAGGCUUAGUGCGUGAUUACAACCUCUGAUGCUGUUUAAUCGUUUCUAUAGCCUGUUUAAGAUGCAAGGAGGGAAGAACAUCAAGGUUAAGUGAAAGAUUACAACCUCUGAUGCUGUGUUCUUGUUCCUAAGCCUGUUUAAAAUGCAAGAAGGGAAGAGACGGAAGGUUUAGUGCAAGAUUAGAAGCUCUGAUGCUGUUUAAUCGUUCCUAUCGCCUGUUUAAGAUGCAAGGAGGGAAGGGAACCAAGGUUUAGUGCAAGAUUAGAACCUCUGAUGCUGUUUUCUCGUUCCUAUAGCCGGUUUAAUUAAGACGUAAGAAAGAAAGAGACCUAAGGUGUAGUGCAAGAUUACAACCUCUGAUGCUGUGUUCUUGCUCCUAAGCCUGCUUAAGAUGCAAGGAGGGAAGAAUUUCAAGGUUUAGUGCAAGAUUAGAACCUCUGAUGCUGUUUAACCGUUCGUACCGCCUGUAAAAUGAAGUGAAGUUUAGUGCAAUAUUACCCCCUUCUGCAUGACCUUAUAAUUAUAAUUCUUCCUAUACCAACUAUUUAAGAUGCAAUAAGGGAGGAGAAUUGAGUUUUAGGGCAAUAUUACAACCUCUGAUGCUGUGUAACUGAUCCAGCCGCCUGUUUAAGAUGGAAUAGUGGAAGGGAAGUGAGUUUUAGGGCAAUACUACUUUCCAUGACGCCGUUUCCUUGCUACCAUCGCCUGUUGCACCUGUAAGAAGGGGAUUAAAGACUAUAUUUCGAGAGGAUCAUAAUAUAUCACUACGAACUCUAAAGGAACGCACCCAGACUCGUUACCUACCACUCAACGUGACCGUCACCAUCAACAACAACACCACCGCUGCGUGCAUCAAAGUCUGUGCCCGGCAGCCACCCCAGCGAGGUAGCCGCGUGCAAGACUUUGGCCACGUGUGUAUCCUCGUGUCAACGGCUCGUCAGGGACAUAGCACGUCUUGAAGCCCGGCCAUGGAGUGUAAGGAAGGCGCUCCGGAGGGUGAGGUCCCGCCUACACACUGCCCCGUCUGCCUGGAGGCCUGGAACACACAAGACUGCCUCCCGAAGUUCCUCUCCUGCCAUCAUAGCGUUUGUGUCACCUGCGCAGGGAGGCUUCAGCGACCUGCCCCAGCGCCACCCUCAUCCACACGCCGAUCUGCCCAGACCCCCUCCACGCCUACCUCCCCAUUGGCCAGACUCAUCUCCAGCAGAACGAGUGUGACGGAAACAUCGAAGUGCGAGGAGACCUUCCAUGUGAGGUGCCCGCUCUGCCGCACCUCGACCCCCGUGCAGGAUCCCGCGACACUGCAGACGAACUUCUAUCUGUGGGGCCUGCUGCGUGCGCCCUCCCUGCCCAGACUCGUGUUGUGGUGUGAGAGCUGUCGUAGAGUGGCCGCCCCAGAGUGCACCGAUCAUAACCUUCGUCCUUUCCCUGAGAAGCUACGUCUCCUACAGGAGGAACUGUUGGAGCGGGCGGGCGAGGCAAAGAGAUGGACAGACGGGCGGACGAAGGAGUACAAGCGGCAGGUUGAGGUGUACCGCUGGCUAUGUGGGCUGCUUCGACACGCUCACGGCCGCGUCCUGGACUCCCUAACCCACGCCCAGCAAACCCACCGUCGCUUGCAUCACCAUAACCAGGAAUUGCAGACUUUGGUCAAGCAAGGCGAGGCACUGCAGAAGUCGCAGGAGGCGGAGGAGGAGGUGGUGGAGCAGCUGGUUAGGGCCGUGGAGGAGGUGGAGGAGAAACACAGAGCCGUGGUAGGGGAGGGCGACUUCGUGGACCUGUUGCAGAAGUUCCAGGUCAUGUCCGCUCACAAGGCGCCGAAGGGUUACAGACACGCCCGGGUGAUGCUGGAGGCCGUCGGAGCUGUCACGCUGUCCUUCUGCGGCGAGGAGGAGUUGGCGAACGAUGAAAUAGAGUCCGGGCGAGGCAAAGACGUCAAUCGCUCCUUUCGGUCUAAUUCUCUUAGCGACGGAACACGCAGGCGAGCUUCACGGCAGAUGGUUCGUUCUCGCUCGCUGCUACACACCAGAGGCAGAACGGAGCUGGACCCAGGCGAAGGGAGUGACAUCAUACCCUCACGCACGAGCACCCCGACUAGCCGACGCUCGGGCCUUGCCGCGUCUGAUAUCAACGAUGUAUACGAAGAGGAAGUGUCCCUGACCGUGCCCAGCGUCGCAGCCUCAACGCCACAGUUCCCGAGAAGCCGAAAAACAGUGCAUAAGAACACAAACCAGGAUCUCUCUCUGGCUAACCACCCGAUGGCGUCGCAGGAGUGUGAGAGAACGAGGGAAAGAAUGUCCGAGGGAGAGGAUGCAAGAUCGCCAAGACACAGAGGUCGAGGGCCACGCCGCCGCCGACGCCGAGGAGACCGUGACCCAGAGUCGUCAGGGCAUCGUCGCACAGGGCAUUCGUUGUGUUCGUUGAUGUGAGCACGAACGUUACUACCAAGAGAGAGAGAAAGAGAGAGAGAGAUGUUCUGACCCUUCUUAAUCAAAUGUUCAGUUAGCUUCCGUUCUGUUAGGAGCAAAAACAUUAAUACGACUUGUUUGCGGUCUUAUCUUAUACCUACAUCUCACAGUGGGUCGAUAUACCUCCGUCUUCCCGUUUAUUACAUCUUCAACCCGUCUCUCUUGACUCCGAGGUCUCGCUGAUAAGAUUGUACGCGGUAUCUGAUAAGAGCUCCUUCACAGAUUGCGUCAAAAAUAUCGGUGAGCUUAUGUGAAUGACGCUGGAACAAGGGUCGGUAUAUAUCCUAAGACGCUGCCGACCCUCACAUUAAUUAUUUCUAAAGGCAAAAAAAUAAAAAUAAAAAGUUAAAUGUGUUCUCAUGGGUGUUUUUUUUCAGGUUCAGGUCAAACUAUCAUGCCCUAGGGUAAAAAAAAAACUAUGCCACAGGAAAGACCCACAUCUUUUAUAUAUACGAAAGCCUUGUUAAACGUGUGUGCUCGGGUGACGAAAUGUUUAAUAAUAUGACCGAUAAUAUUGAAGGACAUUUAUACUGAAGGAGAGGCCAAGGAAAGGAUAGAUUUAACGUGAUAUAUAAUUUUUCUUUGAUGAGAUGGAUGGAUUUUUAUAUUUAUUUGUAAAUAUAUAAUUAUUAUGGUAUAUGGUAACCCUUAUAGUGGAAAAAUAAAGAAAAGUGACUGUG